AUGUCUCCAGACGUAUCUACGGGGCUCGGGCCUAUCAUUGAAAGUCUUGUUUGUCUCAAGAGGCUUAACUACGAACCUUGGCAAGGAGUUAUGGACACCAACGUCCCUGGGAGUGACAUAAGGGAUCAAGAGCAUGCUCAUCUACUCCUCGACGCAUUCGAGUCCCGUAGCAGCACACUGAAGCAACGGCACAAGAGGAGUCAAGGGUUCGUUUUGACGGGCUCCGACAGCACCACACAGUGGGAUGCUGAUGUGACGAAUCCGUCGGCGUCUGCCCUUUGUCACAUUGACCUUCCCCCUUCCAAGGGAGUCGUGCUCGCCUACCGCGGAUGUCGCUACAACUGCAGUGGCGCCCCUGAUUCAGAGCUCAUCAACAUCGCCGUUGCCGAGGAAUUCAGGGGCCCAUAUGUCAAGCUACAGGAGGCGCCCAUCUUCACAGAGGCCAACGAUGACCCAUUCAUUUGGCGAGACAAGGGCGGCCACUACCACAUGCUCCUUCAUUCUCUGGAGCUGGGAGGCGGUUUCGGCGAGGGCCCCAAAGUGGGAAGACAUGCGUUUGCAAGGUACUUUUGGGGACCAUGGACAUUUAACGAACGCACACUCGCAUUCUCCACCGAAGUCGAUUGGACGGACGGUACUUCUACCGACUUUUUCCGCCGAGAGAGACCCUACCUGCUCUUCUCUGAUGACGGUCUCAUGACACCGCAGUACCUGAUUACAGCUGUGAAGAAAUAUGGGACUAACAAAGGAUAUUCUAUCGUGUCGCCUCUCAAAGGCGAGCAUACAGUGACCGCCAAGAAACACAAAUUUGCGAAGAAGGAAGAAGAACAUGUGAGGGAACUUUGA